UAGGUUUUGUAUUAGAAGAAUUGCAGUAAUUUUCCAGCGGCUGUAUAAAGGAUGAGGAAGCCGCAGGAAAGAAGGAAACAGAACGGCUUUUGUCAGCGCAUGUCUGUCGUCACCGCGCAUGACAUCACGAGUGUGUAUAAAGCUCAGCGCCUGUGUGUGAAGAGCGCGUCUGAAUGAGAAUGGCAGAGUCGGAGUCACUGCAUUUAUCCAUCGGAGUCCUGGGCAUAUCUGGGGGUUCUUUGUUGCUUCUGGUGAACAACUAUGCAAGCUCCCCAGCCAAAGCGCUGAUCACAGACACAGCUUUAGGAGUUCUGCUCCUCAUAUUUGCUGUUCUGCUGGCUUAUUCAGGUGUACGACGCAGCCAGUCCCACAAUGUACUCUUUGGUAGUUUGAGCCUGACAGUGUCCGCCCUGUGGUGUGGCUCGGGUUUAGUGCACAUACUUGCAGGCGAAAACGUAAUAAAUGGCAACACAGAGCUAAGAAAUGCCAUGGUGCCAGGCCUCGCAGCUUUCACUCUGGCACUGCUUGUUAUUUGCAUUGUGGCAGUUUUAUGUCAUGAGGUUGUCCUCUCAUUCAUCGCCCUGAGCAUAUGCUUAGCGUGCGCCCACCAGAUUGCAGGUCUGGCAGAUUCGGCCUUCGGACAGGCGGCCACCGCGGUCUGCUACCUCAUGGUCUGUUUAGUAGGUGCUUAUUUUGGAAGUGCCCGUUUGCUGUCUUACAUCACACAGAGAAAGAUUCAGCUACCCGGAACAUUCAACAAAGAUAGCGUGAAGACAAUGCAGAGUCAAGAGGCUAAUGAUGCUGUGGUAGUUGGAGUAAUCAUGAACUUGUUGUCAGCUAGUGUGCUAGCUUGUCCUCUGCUUGGUGUUGUCCCGAAUCUUUUCUCUGGCCAUGUGCCCUGGCUGUGGACCGCUGGCGUCUUUCAGCUGGGUGUGUGUAUUAAGAGCUAUAGAUCUAUGGACACCCUGGCAGCCACUUUCUUUGGCUUCACAUCAAUCCUGCGGUUCACUGAAGGGUACACCGCACUAGUGAUGCACUUCAGAAAAGGUGAACCGCCCUAUUCCCCAGUGCCGUUUCCAGUUGUAUUCUCUGUGCUCUUUUUCAUCCUGGCUUUGUUUAACCUGCAGGGAGGGUUUGUGAACACCAUCUACCAGCUGUUUUUUGUGGCAUACUGUAUAGCAAUUGCAGCCGAACCCCAAAGUUUCUUUCAGAGAGGAACGCAAGGUGUACAGGCGGCCAUCUUCGUUACUUCCGCGUUUGUGCUCUUUAUAACCCUUUAUAACUUGGUCUCCUCAAAGAAGAUGCCUACAGGUGCAGGUCUCCUUAAGAACCUGUUGGCCCGCAGUAAUAGAUUUGUCCUACAAACCAAUGGCAAAGAGCUACACGCUCCCUAUCUGGGCUACUCUAAAUAUGCAGAUGCUGAGGUGUUGGGCCAUGGCUGCAGCGUCCUGGCCGCUUUUUCGAUUACAGCCUCGCUUUCUAGUGGAGACCCCUUGGCCAUUCUGAUCCUGCCUUGGGCGGUGGUUUCAGGUGGUGUGCUGCACCUAAUAUGUGGGUCUGUUGCCUUCGCUCGAGGAAAGACCCUAGAGAGUACGACUUUCAUCCUUUACGGUAUCAUGUGGACAGUGUGGGGCCUGACGCGCUUCGGAGGCCUCUAUGGGGAUGUGCGCGGCCUACACCUAGCUGUGGGAAUCAUUAGUUUCAUGCUCUUCAAUGUGUUAGUGACAGUAGGGGCCUUGUUUCUCAACAAGGCUUGGUUCAUCUAUUCCUUCACCUUCCAACUCAUCCUCAUUAGCUUCUUACUGGAUGCAGUAGGCGCGCUGCCCUACGGCUACGAUAUCGGUGUGACCAUUAUCCUCGGGCUGGUCAGCUUCUAUAUGUUCCUGGCCAGCAUUUUCAACUGCACCUUUAAAAGUCCACAAAUGCCAUUCGGGGAUCCUUUCAUCAAGUUGAGUGGCUUUGGAGGAGGCAAAGACAGCUGCCCUCACCUUCCAGCCAGGAAGUCCUCAUCUGUUCAACAAAUUGCAGAGAUCAUGAAAAAUGGGGGCAUAUGUGGAAUGCCCACAGACACCGUCUAUGUGCUUGUGGCAGCUUGCAAUCGCCCACAGGCUGUUGAAAAAGCAUAUAGGGUGAAGAAACAGGCUAAAGAACGUCCCAUGUCCUUAUGGAUCUCAUCUAUAAAGCAGUUGGAGCCGGUCAGAGAACAGAUCAGCCCUCUUCUCUGGGACUUUAUGGAAGCUGCUUGGCCAUCUUCCAUUAGCUUAGUUAUAGCUAGAGCUCCGUGGAUGGAAUUCUUUGGAUUGGGCGACUCAUCCAAAUACAUCGGCACACCGCAGAGCAUAGCCAUAAGAAACCCAGACUGCACUGUUGCUACACACCUUAUAAAUGCAGUGGGUCCCAUUGCAGUCACCUCUGCUAAUCCCACUGGUGAGGCAGAUACUACUCAUCAUAACCAAGUUUAUGCAAAACUUGGUGACAAGGUAGAUGGGGUGCUGUGUGAUGGACCAUCACCAGAGAAUAUCGCCUCCACAGUGGUAGACUGCACCAAAAUUGAGAGCGGCCAAAUUGGAUUUUUCCGUGUCGGGCUUAUUCCUAAAUCUAAGGUUCUUCAGAUCUUCGAAGAGAUUCAGAAGAAGCACAUGCAAGGUGAAAUGAAUGCAGCUUUUGAGACUGAUACCUCAGAUCCUAACAGAUAUCUCACAGUCUCUCAGACAAACUUGUCAGUAACUCAAACAGACUCUGGGCUUGGUCGUACCACCCCUACCGGCUCACAGAGCUCUCUGGACCUCAGCCAACAUGGCAAUCAGGAAGAGGAGGAUGAUGCUUUAUAGACACUGCCAAACACUGCACGUGCUAUCCAUUUUUAUGUGUACAGUACAGACUUUCAGUGUGUUAACAGCAAAUGAUUUGGACAAAUGGGCCAGGAAACAAAGAAAUUACAGUUCUAUGAAUGAAGGUGGUAAUAGCCCUAAAUAUUGCAAGUAGACAAUAUCAAUGUGUUGUUAAUGUCUGUGCAUUAAUUUAGUGUUCAUCACUAAAGGAGUGUGGUUAUCAUUAUCUUACAGUAAUUUUAAACCCUUUUUUACGUAUUUAUUAAUUUUAUGAAAUAUUAAAAAAUGUAACAAUGUGUAUAUUGUUUGUUUGUCAAUGUGUUGUUUUGUAUCUGUAAU